AUGGUGCUGCUGAUCGUGUCGAUGCGUCGGAGGAAGAAGGAGCCGUUGAUUCUGGAGGAGGAGAGGGACGUGAGGGAGAACAUCGUCCGUUACGAUGACGAGGGUGGAGGAGAGGAAGACACGAAGGCCUUCGACAUGGUAGCCCUCCGCAACCUCAACAUUAUUAGAGACCCCAAGGUCAGGCGAGACGUCACCCCUGACACCCCCACUUUCUUCCCCUACCCGACGUCCUCCUCAUCGCGGCCUGUCUUCAAGACCCUGCCAGACAAUGUGGUGUUCCAAGAGUUCAUCUGGGACCGGCUGAAGGAUGCAGAUGUUGAGCCGUCAGCUCCGCCAUACGACUCUUUGCAGACGUACGCCUUUGAAGGGAGUGGCUCGGUAGCUGAGUCGUUAAGCUCCUUGGAGUCACUAAGUACAGACUCGGAGCAGAACUACGACUAUCUCAGCAACUGGGGGCCACGUUUCAAAAAGCUAGCCGACCUGUAUGGCAACAGCGACGGCAAUAGCAACGGCAACAGCGUGUUGUCAUAG